AUGGUCUUCCCACGAUCGAGUGGGUAUGAAGGGACCAUCUAUCUCGCCAGCGCGGACGACCCCGAUUACUAUUGCCGGCUAAAGGGCUUUGGCGCAGACGCGAUUGGGAUCCCCAAGAGCGCAGAUUUGAAGCCCCACGACCCCUUCACCGGGUUCAGCAUCAGCACUAUUGAUCCAGAGACCCGCAAGGUCUGCACCCCCUCCGACGACCAGGCCUGCGCAUACCUUCAGGUGGUCAUGUGCUCGACAGUGUACACCCCCGGCUGCGGCCCCGACUGGAAGGGGAACAUCGGCAACGGCAACGACGGCAACGAGAACAUGGGAAACAAGAACGUCGGCGACUUCAACAGGGGGAACGGGAACCGCGGCGACCACAAUGUGGGGUCGAACAACACCGGUGACAGCAUAGUUUGCCACAACUGGGCCAGCUCUGACCCCUGCCAGGUCGAUUUCCAAGGCGCUCUGUACCUCCUGGCCAGCUCCGGUGCCGACGCAUUCUGCAAGUUGAAGGGCUAUGCACAAAGUGCGCUGGUGGACACGAUGGAGUUGAAUGCCUCCUACCCCUUUCCCACCUUCUCCAUCAGCACCCUGGAUCCUUCCACGUAUCGGGUCUGCAUCCCCUCCAAGGAUCCGGCCUGCGCCUUUGUCUCGGUUGUGGAGUGCCUGCCCAGCGGGGUGCCAGCCUGCCAGCCGGACGCUAAUGGCAACGUGGGAAACAACAACCUAGGGAGUCACAACCACGGCAACAGCAACAGGGGUGACGACAACCAGGGCAGCUUCAACGCUGGGGAUCGGAAUAUCGGCGAUUACAACGUUGGCAAGGAGGUCGUGUGCUUCAGCAACAUGCCUGUCUACGAGUACAAUGGAACCCUGUACCUGACGAGCGCAGAGGACCCCGACACAUAUUGCCGGCUGCAAGGGUUUGAAGCGGCGGGCACCUGGGCAUACCUCGAAAUGGAGUCCUCCACUACCCUCAACUUUCCCAUGGCCUUGAUAGACCCCAGAAACAGAGUGGCCACCGCCACCUUUCCCCAGGCCAUCGCCGCUGCCACCCACCAAGAAGCCGCCAACCCCCUCUCCAAAGAAUUCAUCCCCGCCUCCGGUCAGAAAACCUCCACCACCCUAUCCUAG